UUUCACUUAGUUGCUGAGCAGGCUUGAAUGGGCCUGUGGGCUGUGCUCCUUGUCCUGCCCCUGGAUGCUGUGGAUUGUGCUCAGGCCAGCUCCGAAGUUGCGACAUGAAUGGGCUUCGCUGAAUCCUUCACAGAAGAGACUCUACAAAGAUAAGAUGUUGGAGACCUACAGGAACCUCAAUGUUGUGGGCUACAAUUGGGAAGACGGUAAUAUUGAAGAUCAUUAUAAAAGUUCCAGGAGACAUGGAAGGCAUGAAAGAAGUCAUAAUGGAGAGAAAACCCCUGAAAAUACUCACCGUGGUAAAGCCUUUGUAUGUCACAGUUAUCCUCCAAGGCAUGAAAGAAUUCAUAAUGGAGAGAACCUCUAUGAAGGCAUUCAGUAUGGUGAAGCCUUUCUACAUCACAGCAGUCUCCAAAUGCAUAAAGUAAUACAUAUUGGAGAGAAACAAUACAAAUACAAUCAAUGUGAUAAAGCCUAUUCACGACAAAGUAUUGUCCAAAUACAUAAAAGAACACAUACUAGAGAGAAACUCUAUGAAUGUAAUCACUGUGGUAAAGCCUUUGCAUAUCAUAGUACUCUGCGAGUACAUAAAAAAAUACAUACUGGAGAGAAACUCCAUGAAUGUAAGCAAUGUAAUAAAUCCUUUGCCUCUCAACUUCACCUUCAAAGCCAUCAAAGAAGUCAUACUGGAGAGACACCUUUGAAAUGUAAUCAAUGUAAUAAAGCCUUUGCUCGAAGACGUUAUCUCAAAAGGCAUGUAAUAACACAUACUGGAGAGAAACCUUACAAAUGUGAUCAAUGUGGUAAAGCCCUUGGACAUUAUAGUUCUCUCCAAGAACAUAAAAGAGCACAUACUGGAGAGAAACCUUACAAAUGUAAUCAGUGUGGUAAAGCCUUUGCAUAUCAUAGUAGUCUGCAAGUACAUAAAAAAACACAUACUGGAGAGAAACUCCAUGAAUGUAAGCAGUGUGGUAAAUCCUUUGCCUGUCAAGGUUACCUUCAAAGCCAUCAAAGAGCUCAUACUGGAGAGAAACCUUUCAAAUAUAAUCAAUGUGAUAAAGCCUUUGCUCAACGACGUGAUCUCAAAAGGCAUUUAAUAACACAUACUGGAGAGAAACCUUACAAAUGUGAUCAAUAUGAUAAAGCCUUUAGAGGACUCAGUCAUCUUAAAAUGCAUAAAAUAUUACAUACUGGAGAGAAACCUUACAAAUGUGAUCAAUGUGGUAAAACCUUUGCAUAUCAUAGUACUCUGCAAGUACAUAAAAGAAUACAUACUGGAGAGAAACUCCAUGAAUGUAAGCAGUGUGGUAAAUCCUUUGCCCGUCAAGGUCACCUUCAAAGCCAUCAAAGAACUCAUACUGGAGAGAAACCUUUCAAAUGUAAUCAAUGUGAUAAAGCCUUUGCUCAACAACAUAAUCUCAAAAGGCAUUUAAUAACACAUACUAGAGAGAAACCUUACAAAUGUGGUCAAUGUGGUAAAGCCUUUGCUUGUCAUAUUACUCUGCAAGUACAUAAAACAGUACAUACUGGAGAGAAAUUCUAUAAAUGUAAUCAAUGUGGCAAAGCCUUUGCAAAUCAAAGGUAUUUUAAAGUAUAUAAAAUCAUGCAUACUAGAGAUAAGCCCUAUGAAUGUAAUCAAUGUGGCAAAGCCUUUGCAAAUCAAAAUUAUAUUAAAGUACAUAAAAGAAUUCAUACUGGAGAGAAGCCCUAUGAAUGUAAUCAAUGUGGUAAAGCCUUUGCAAAUCAAAGUUAUAUCAAAGUACAUAAAAGAAUACAUACUGAAGAGAAACCUUACAAAUGUAAUCAAUGUGGUAAAGCCUUUGCUCAGAACAGUGACCUCUUAACACAUCAAAGAAUUCAUACUGGAAAGAAACCUUACAAAUGUAAUCACUGUGGUAAAGCCUUUGUACGUAAUGAUAAUCUUUGAAGACAUGAAAGAAUACAUACUAGAGUGAAAAGUUAUGAAUGUAA